GCUGACUCUUGAAAAAAAAGUAGUCAAGAUCUCAAGUAGUAUUUUUAAUACUUAUAAAAAUCACAAAGGUGUAGAGUUUCUGUUAUUGUGGCCCGUGGGUUAGUUUGAGAUCCAAAUCUGAUUCACAUUUUGAGAGUGAAACACAGCCUAAUUCAUUAUACUCACUCACCGACAUUUCUGAUUUUCCCACCCUUCUAAUAUCUCAAAAAAAUAUCAUCUCUCUUACUCUCAUAUUCUCAAUUACUUGUAUUUGAAAUUCUUUGGUUUUCCUCCAUUGUUAUUCAUUCAGAGAGAGAAAAUGAGUGAACCUGCUUCAUCAAUGGCGGAAACUAAUCAUAUCACCAUGGCAGCAUCACCUCCUCAAGGUUUACUUGAGCGACUCAAAGAUUAUGGACAAGAAGACACUUUCGCUUUCUGGAAUGACCUUUCUCUUGAUGAACGUGAACUUCUCAUCAAAGACAUUGAGAGUUUGGAUCUUCCGAGGAUUGAUCGGAUCAUUCGGUGCUCACUUCGGUCUCAAGAUAGGAUUGCCGGUGGCGGCAAUCGAGCCGGUGUCGGAAAACAUUGUGUCCACAGUUGAGCAGAGGACAGUUGAUGAGAGAGAAAGAUGGUGGAAGAUGGGAAUGAAGGCCAUUCAUGACGGCAAGUUGGCUGUCCUCCUCUUGUCUGGUGGUCAGGGAACCCGGCUUGGAAGCUCAGAUCCUAAGGGUUGUUUUAAUAUUGGUCUUCCUUCCGGAAAGUCACUCUUCCAGCUACAGGCUGAGCGAAUUAUGUGUGUUCAAAGACUAGCUACUCAAUUUAUGAGUGAGGGAUCAGCAACUGUCACACCAAUCCACUGGUACAUAAUGACUAGCCCUUUCACAGAUGAAGCAACACGCAAAUUCUUUGAAAGUCGUAAAUUUUUUGGCCUUGAAGCUGAUCAAGUCACCUUCUUUCAGCAGGGCACUAUUCCUUGUGUUUCAAAGGAUGGAAGAAUUAUUAUGGAGACUCCAUAUAAAGUGGCAAAGGCUCCUGAUGGGAAUGGAGGAGUUUAUACAGCCCUAAAGUCUUCAAGACUAUUAGAAGAUAUGGCUGCACGAGGAAUUAAAUAUGUAGAUUGUUAUGGUGUGGACAAUGCACUCGUUCGGGUUGCUGAUCCCACGUUCUUGGGUUACUUCAUUGAUAAAAGUGUUGCAGCUGCUGCGAAAGUUGUAAAGAAGGCCUAUCCACAAGAAAAAGUUGGUGUUUUUGUACAACGAGGAAAGGGUGGGCCACUUGAUGUGGUUGAAUACAGUGAACUAGAUUCUUCACUGGCUAGCGCAGUUAAUCAGGCAACUGGACGUCUUCGCUUUUGCUGGAGUAAUGUUUGCUUGCAUAUGUUCACCUUGGAUUUUUUGAAUUCUGUGGCCAAUGGACUGGAAAAUGAUAGCAUUUAUCAUUUGGCAGAGAAGAAAAUUCCAUCAGCUAACGGAUAUACAAUGGGACUGAAACUGGAACAGUUCAUAUUUGAUGCCUUCGCAUAUUCUCCUUCUACUGCACUCUUUGAGGUUUUACGAGAAGAAGAAUUUGCUCCAGUAAAAAACGCAAAUGGGGCUAAUUUUGACACACCUGAUAGUGCGAGGCUGCUUGUUCUUCGCCUUCAUGCUCGAUGGGUGAUUGCUGCUGGUGGCUUCCUAACCCAUUCUGUGCCUUUAUAUUCUACUGGUGUCGAAGUUUCUCCGCUAUGCUCGUAUAUGGGAGAAAAUCUCGAAGCAAUUUGCCGUGGAAGAACCUUCCAUGCACCUUGUGAGAUCACCUUUUAAAUUGUGAUUUGUAAUUCAUGUAAUAUCAUUAAAGGAUUAGAAGAAUGUAAUGUUAUGCGUUGAGCAUUUGAAAUACUUAAGAUAUCUGUAUUCGGCAACCCAAUUGUUCCAUAAUUAAUGAGCUUUCAGUGGACAUGACUCGAUCGUGAUUGUAAAUGUUGUUAAAAUUUCAAGAUAUAAACUUAAAGUUGGAUA